AUGUCUGCAACACGGUUGAUCGUUCUUGCUGUCUGGCUUCUUUGCGGCUUCGAAACGGCAAGAGCGACGUUCUCCUUGGCGGAGGCGUUCAGAGGCGACGAUUUCUACCACAAGUGGAAUUGGGAGACCUUCAACGAUCCCACCAAUGGACGCGUCGAUUACGUCGACAUGAAGACCGCCAAAAAGCUGAACUUGACGGAAGUGAAAGACGGCGCGUUCUUGAUGUCCGCGGACGAUUACAGCACAGUCCCGACGUCCGCACGCGGACGCAAGAGUGUUCGCAUCUCCUCCAAAGGCUCCUGGGCCGACUCUCUGAUCGUUCUGGAUCUGACUCAUAUGCCAGAGGGCUGCGCUACAUGGCCGGCCUUCUGGACAUUGAGUGCUGCAGGUCCCUGGCCGACCGGCGGCGAAAUUGAUAUCUUGGAGGGCGUGCAUCUCCAGGAGCAAAACCUAGCCUCGCAACACACUCGACCCGGAUGUACGAUGUCCGAUCAUCGCCAGAUGAAGGGAACGCCAACAUCUAACAACUGCGAUACCGCAGUAAACUACAACCAAGGUUGUGGCGUAUCGUUCUCCAAGAAGAACUCUUACGGCGCUGCCUUCAACAAAGCUGGCGGAGGCUACUACGUCAUGCAGCGGACCAAGCAAAACGGUGUUCAGGUUUGGUUCUGGUCGAGAAGCGAUCCUUUGUUGCCUCUGGACAUCAAGGCCGGGUCGCCUGUGGUCGUCCCCACGCCUCUCUGGGGAUUACCCGAAGCCAGUUUCCCUCCGGACAACUGUGAUUAUGACCAACAUUUUGAUGCGCAUCGAAUGGUCUUCGAUCUCACCUUCUGCGGUGACUGGGCAGGCGCUGUAUGGCCUAUGUCAGGGUGUGGUGCAGGGAGCUGUGUUGACCACGUGAAUGGCAAUCCCAAGGCAUUUUCCAAGGCUUACUGGGAGGUGAACUCCGUGAACGUCUAUACCCCGCUAUGACAUCGCUUGCUGCAUCCACGUGUCGUCUUGCAUACCAUCUCUCGCACCGCUAUAUGAAUCGCGUACUUUCUAGACC